CCUUUUUGCCCUGUUACCCUCAGGCCUGUUUCUUCUGCUCCACCUCCCACCACUGUGGCCUCAUUUUCCUUGGGUCUGUUCGCUUCACUCCCUUGCCCUAUUGCCCUCAGCUCUGCUGAGGUCUGUGAUCCUGGAUGUCUCCCCCAUUGCCCUCAAGCCCUGGGCUGGCCCUGCUCCCCUGGGCCCCAGGGAGGAUAGGCAAAAGGCUGGCUUAAAGUGGGUGGUGUCCCAAGGAGUCAAUACCAGCGAGGCAGCCUGUAUUUCAGGCCUGGCUGGAAAGCAGUAGGGAUCCAGGUCCUGGCUAGCAGAGCAGGGCUCUGCUGGACCUGAGAUCCCAAGGAUCCCUCCUUGUGGUGCCCUAUGCUUCCCCAGGAUCCCAGGCUGAGCAGGGAGCCUGAGGCAAAGCACAGUGGUUUGUUUCUAGUGGGAACGUGCCUGGACCCAGGUGUGCUGGGGAAUCAGGGCACUGGCUGGUAUAGCUUUCCCUUUCCUUUUUGCGGUCUUGGUCUCCUCCUGUGCUUUAAUUUUAGUCCUAGACAUUGGUAUGAUUGCUUAAGGUAGAGCUGGCGAGGUGUGGGGUUACUAAUAAAUAGGCAAGCCAGACAUAUGGUGCACGCUUUCCUAUAAAGUGCUCUGCAGGUCACGGCUUUGUUCCCAACUUGGUGGCAUAGGAUCUGUGGGACCCUGGCAGCUUGUAACAAGUGCAGUGAUAAAGACUGAUGCAUGGGUCAGUGUUGUGGAGUAACGUGAGAGUCCCAAGGUCAACAGAUGGGGUAGCAUUUUAUCCAUACUGUCUCUUUUCACAUAUGGUCCCCCGCUUGUCAACAGCACAAGUGUCCCUGGUGCAGCUUGCUCUUGUAGAGACAUCCCAUGGCUGAUCAGCUUCACUGCACGCUGCCUUGUUCCAGAGACUGGCUAUAGCUUUGUGCUAAAAUUGCUACUGUUUUGCGCGUGUCAGCUGAGAAGAGGUGGCUAUCUGCUCUUCCCCUGCUGAGUACAGGAAAAUGUUGCUUCUCUUUGAUCACAGGUGGGGAAGAUCCAUCUUCUUAUAGCUGAUGUGUACACUUCCCAAAAUAGCUCAGUUCUUGCUUUGAAAACUCAUCUGGAGAUGUUGGGGGGGAAAAACUUGGAAAGUCUUCUUACUUUAAAGGCAUUCAGAAUAGAAGCAGCCCCCUACCUAGUUUCUGCAUAGCAGAAGAGGCAAGAUGCAGCCAAGUAACUCAAAGAAGGGUGACAUGAAAGCGUUAGAUCUGGGAGAAGGGCCUCUUCAAAACACACGAGACAUCUGUUUUGAACAGGCUUUGGUGUGUGACGGGGCACACCAGUCCUGGGUACUAGGCUGAGCGUACAGACUAGCGUGUUAGAGAGGAGGUGGCUCAGGCCUGUUAAAUAGGUGGACUGGAAAGUUCAGGGUGAUGCUUUCUUCCUCUAGCCUGAAUUGUCUUGGGUAAAAAUAUGCUUUUUGCCCUUCCCCCUCUUGGUUGCUGGUUUGGCUGGGGUAGGUGAGGGCUGGGUGUGUUAGAGAUUCUGCCAGUGAUACUCUCUCCCUUUGAGAAAACUGGGAGUCAAGUUCCUUCUUGGUAGAGAAGGGGGAUUUACUCCCUCUGGAGACCUCCAGACAGAAGAUGCUGCCUCAGUUUGAAGAAGCUGAAAGUGGGUGAGGUGUCGUCAGGCCUGGGACGUGGAGGCUGUCAGAAGUGAGCUGGGCACUUCUAAAAGGAUCUGUCCAAGUUGUUUCCAGCCUUGGGAAAGGGGAUGUCAGUGUGAACAUUGUGCAGUAAGCUGGACAGUCAGUACCAGUUUAAGCAGAAUUGAGUGUUGGAGGACCACAGGUUUAGAAACUGUUUUGGAUCCAUUGGGUGCCUUCAUGCACAUGCUUAUGUUAGGACUUUGCACUCUCUUCUAGCAUGUGGAUAUGGAAAACUCCUAUCUCUGUGGAUACUUGAAGAUUAAAGGCCUUACAGAGGAGUACCCAACCCUCACCACUUUCUUUGAAGGGGAAAUAAUCAGUAAAAAGCACCCUUUCCUAACGCGCAAGUGGGAUGCCGAUGAAGAUGUGGAUCGUAAACACUGGGGAAAGUUCCAGGCUUUUUACCAGUAUGCAAAAACAUUUAACUCUGAUGACUUUGAUUAUGAGGAUCUGAAAAAUGGUGACUAUGUCUUCAUGAGAUGGAAGGAACAGUUCCUAGUCCCAGAUCACACUAUCAAAGACAUCAGUGGUGCUUCCUUUGCUGGUUUCUACUACAUCUGUUUCCAGAAGUCAGCAGCGUCUAUAGAGGGCUAUUACUACCAUAGGAGUUCAGAAUGGUAUCAGUCAUUGAAUUUAACUCACGUUCCUGAGCACAGUGCUCCUAUCUAUGAAUUUCGAUGACAGCUGUCCAGAACUGAUACUGCACAGAAGCAAACCGGGCAGGAGAGCAUGGCCUGCCAGGAGAACCGUGUCCCUGUCGGAGCAUGGGAGUGCACGCUUCUCUCCUGCCCCUCGGACUUGCAAGAGAGAGCCUGAAUGUUAACCCAUCCAGCCCAAGGAGUGUGGCUGCUGGAGCUUGAUUCUCCCUCCUGUCGAGUGGCGAUUUGGUCUUUAAUCUGGUUUUAAGCUACCUUUAAAUGCACUUUCUUAUUGCACAGCUAGUUUCUCUAUCACUGAAAUUCUUCCUGGCCCUCCUCUGGAAGCUAUUUCUCAGUAGCUGGAAUCAGUGGUCCUUCCUCUGAGUAAUGAGAAAAUAUAAGUUUGGUGCUUAUAAUUUCAUUGUUACAGCCUGAUAUGGGUUGAAAUUGCCAGGACUGAGGUUUGUUGCCUAGAUUGCCAGCUCUGAUGCUCCCAGAGCCAGGCACGGUCCCGUAUUGGUGAGGCUCUGCUUAGCAGAGCACUGCUCAGCUGCAGAGUCUGUUGGGGGAGUGGUGGCUGAGACAGAUGAGGCUUGAAUGAAUCUUUGCUUCACACUGGCUAACGAGAUUAGCCAGAGCUGCAGAUCUUUCAGGAACGCUGGCCCUUUGGAGCUGGGAACUGUUCCGGUGUCUUGAUAUGCCAUUGGGAAUUAAUUUGAUAUAUGGACUUCCAGGCUCUCAGUAAAGUGGAUCUGAACUCUGCUUAUAGGUGUAUAUUUGCUCUUUACUUAAGUUAAGGGUGGAAAAAAAAAAAAAGACUUUUAAUAAAAAAUAAAAUAUUUUUAUGGUUCCUUUUCCCAAGGACCCUAUGGCAAAUGCACAAUUACUCGAUUACAUUUCCCUGUUUUCACAUUGAAAACAGGGAAUGUCUACAUUAGUUUUUAUAUAUGUGUAUGUAAUCAGCUAGCGCUUUGGGAAAGUAAUUGGAGUAUAAGUGUUGAACAGCAUUGCAGACAGUUCUAGAACUGUUCAGCAUUUGUACUUAACCCUUCAUGCUACACCAACACCACUGCUUGAUACCUUUUUACAAGGCAAAAAAGGUUAAAAAAACAAAAAACAAAAAAAGUAGCUCUCCUCUGACUUUGAAAUGUUUCAAGUGAUAUAACUUAAGGCUUGUGUGCCAAAGUGUGUGUGUGUGUGUAUGCGCGUGCGGUUUUUUUAAAGGCAUUUUAAAAGUUGGCCUCAGUUGUAUAUUUAAUGUGACAGUCACACCUGCAGGGCUUUUGUGAGAGUUUAGUUUGCAUUUUUUUUGGCUGUUAAAAACAACCCCCUUAAUGCAGGCUUGUGUUAUGCACCAACCAGGCGAGUUAUGAGAAUUGGUUUGCUGCCUGUGAGAGGAAAGCAAAGCCCUCUGCAUACCUAUAGUGCUAAGGUUGUUUGGUUCUUCUGUUAACUAACUUUCUUCCUUUUUGCGGCGUGUCUGUCUGGUAUAUUGCAGCAGCUGAAUUUCUAGUUUAAGCCUUAACAAGAAAGUAUUCAGGUCUCAGUGAGCCCGUUUCCUAUAUUCCAAAUUGGGAUCUUGCAUUGUUGGAGAAGUGGCCGGGCUGGUCUCACCAGAUGAUGCAGUAUUGAAAGCACCCUCCUUUUGCGUGCUGUUUGUUGCAGAUGAAUCCUUUCCCCAGAACAAAUGGAGAGAGACCUGCUUACGCACGAAGGCAGGAUACGUGGCCUUUCUGCAGGCUGGGAAGCCGCCUGCCGUGUUAGCGAUGAAGGAAGCGCGUGCUGUUGUGUUGGUCAUUGCUGGUAGAUUUGUAGAGCAGCUCAAAGGCAAGUAGGAGAGCGAUUCCAGAGGAGGUGGAGGGAAGAGGGGCUUUCUCUAGGGCCAACGUGAGGGCAGAACAGCUGGGAAGAGAGUAGUUUAGAAACAAAGAUUCCCUUUUUUACUCUGUUCCCCUCAGAGAAACUAGUACCCUUUGGAGGUGAGGGAAGGUGAGAUGUUUCUUACUGAGUGGUACUGGGAGAUGUCCUGGUUUUAGAGACUAAAACUGAUGGUGCUCUUCUGCUUUAAAGAAGUGAAGGGACUAGUCUUUUCCAAGACAGUUCCAAAAGACUGCUUUGCAAAUGUAGAUGCUCUUAUGCCGUGGAUUGUUUACAUGUCUCUGGAGCUGUGUGCAAUAUUGGUGGUGACACCAGUCUCCUUUGCUCCCCAGGAUUGUCACAAUGCCAGUGUUACAGUCAGAUUGUUAGCGUUGUUUUAGUUGAAGUACUACUGUGGUCAGUUGUAGAAACUGGGUUAGGAAGGGUCCUGGGGUAUUUAAUAUGUAUAUCUGUCCCAAAAAUUCUCCUAAAGUUUUUCUCUGAGCCACUGAGACUUGAUAUUUUGAGAGAGGGGUGGGGAAGGAGUCCUUUCGCUCUCCCUCUGCUCGUCUCAUUCCAACCAGCUUGAAGCAUAUUUCAGCUGAAACCCAAAAUCACCAGAUCGAUGCCUCUUUGUAAGACGCAUGCCAUGGAUUCGUAGCAGGUCUUGAAGCCAAACCACCAGUUGUAACAGCUGAAAGGUUUGAAGGGGCUCUCUGUUUUCAGAACUUUCCUUCUCUAAAGCCUUGGUUUUGAUUUUGUUUUUCUUUAAAUUGUUUGAUAAGCUACAAAGAGCUGUUAAGUAUGUUGCAUUGUGGUGAAAGAUUAACUAGGUGAGAUUCUGGGGAGAGGAAGUAAGAAACUGGAUAUUUGAGUCUUUUGAAAAGGUUGUGUUUGUUUGGUUUUUUUUUUUUAAACUAUGUUGGCUGAAGAAUUAGUAUAUUUAUGGAUGGAAUAUGGAAAAGGGACUGGAAGAAGUAUUUUGCAGAGCUAUCAACGUCCAAAUUAAAAAUGAACUGU